CUCGUCAUUGUUAUCUGAUUCCUCAAAUAGAAAAAAAAAAAAAGAAAAAAACCUUUUCGUCUCUAUCGUAUAUAUACUCGGCCACUUCAAUCGGAGCCGAUUCUCGGCGAUUAAUCCCCCGAAAAACCCGCUUCAUUCAAACCAUUUACCUUCUUUCUUUCCAUUACUGUCCGUACGCAAAAACUUACGCGCGACUUUCUUAGAACACGAAUGAGGUGAGAAGAAAUUCCAAAUCUGGGAUUGGGUUUGGGUUCCAUGGUGGUGGAUCUCUGACCGAAUUCACACGAUCGGAGUUGGUUUAAGAGAGAUUGAGGAGGAGGAGGAGAAGAUGGGAAAUGCCAACGGUCGAGAGGAUGGAAUCGACGGAGAGAACGACGAUCAUGUUAAUAAUCAACAUCCUUCUGUGGGAAGAUCCAACGGCGAAUUGGCGGUGCGUGAUAACAACGCGCCCCGUACGGGACGUGUGGCUUCCUCCGAGUUCAUGGCCAACACCACUCCUCCUGGGAGUCCCAGGCGUUCCGUAUCCCCGAUCUUAUUCGCUUCUCAGGUUCCUGUAGCUCCUCUGCAACGAGGUGAUGGCACUUCUGUUUUCCCUCAAAGCUGGAACAAUGAAACUCUUGAAGUUGGUGAUCAUCCUCCUGAGAAAGCAAUUCCUGCUAUGAUUACAUGGACAUAUGGCGGUAACAGUGUGGCUGUUGAAGGAUCCUGGGACAACUGGACAUCUAGGAGAAUUUUGCAAAGAUCUGGUAAGGAUUUCGCUGUUCUUUUAGUGCUGCCAGCUGGUAUCUACCAUUACAAGCUCAUUGUUGAUGGAGAAUGGAGAUACAUCCCAGAACUUCCUUUCAUAGCAGAUGAAUCUGGUGUUGUCUGUAAUCUUCUUGAGGUUAAUGAUUAUGUACCAGAAAAUCUGGAGAGUGUUGCUGAGUUUGAGGCACCUCCAUCCCCAGAAUCUAGCUAUGGUCAAGUAUUUCCAGCUGAGGAAGAUUUCGCAAAGGAGCCGGUGAUUGUUCCAUCUCACCUUCAUCUAACUGUUCUUGGUAUGGAUAGACCUAAUGAAGCUUCUUCUUCUUCUUCUUCCUCACCUCCUAAGCCUCAACAUGUUGUUCUUAACCACGUCUUUAUAGAGAAAGGUUGGCCUUCCCAGUCUGUGGUUGCCCUGGGAUUAACCCAUAGGUUUCAGUCCAAAUAUGUUACUGUUGUCCUCUAUAAGCCCCUCCAAAAGUAAGUUAUCCCGUUUUUCGAAACUUACCUCUGUAAAGAAAUCUGUUAGAAAUGCAUUGUCCACAUAAAUCUGUGAAGCUAAUAGUUCGCGUUUUUAGAACAAACAAAUUUCGUGUCGUGUUUUUACUGCAAUGCUUGAUAGUUUUUUUUACUUAUGUUUUUCUUCUAAUUGGAUUUCUGUGUGUCCUUUCUACCAAUUGUAAAAGUGUUUUCGGGUCUUAGCUUACAUGCACUUUUUUGCUCUCUUUGCUUAUUAUUUAUUUUACGGGGACACAACAAUACUAUGAAGAAAGGAAUUGCGUUCAGAAAUGCUUUGAACAAAUGUAUUAAUGCUAUCAGAGCCUAUUGUGCCUUGAAUCGAUACCUGAUUACACAGAUUGUUCAAAAGCUCAGCUCGAAGAACUAACGGUGUUAUAAGAAUGUAAGUAAAAAUAAUUCACAUUGAUUUAUUUAUUUUUGCUUUUUGAUGCCACACCUAAGUUUUUCUAGUCCAGUAAAAGGGUUUCAAUCCUGACAUGGGUUUUGUUUUUUUUGCUUUUUUUGUUCUAUCCUUUUUUUAAAUAUAUAUUUUAAGUCAAAUUGAGAAAUACUCAUGUAUGUUAUAUAAUGUGGUUAACAGUGCUGUUGUUGUUCUUGUA